AUGGCAAAGGGUAAAAAGAAGUCGCACGAACCCAAAGGCCGAAAAAUCACGCUUAAGAUGGCCAAGAAUGCUGUAAAGCUGACAGUUGAUGGCAAGCGACGUUUAGACCUCAGCAACAUGGGGAUCACCACUUUCCCUAAGUGCAUCCUUAAACUAUGUGAUGUUGAUGAACUGGACCUGAGCCGCAACAUGCUAAAGAAAAUUCCGGACACGAUCAACAAGUUCAUCAACCUGCGUCUGUUAGACCUGCACAGCAACCAUCUGGAGCAGCUCCCAGAGAGCGUUGGUCACCUGCAGAAGCUCCAGGACCUUAAUGUGUGUAACAACAUGCUAACCACCUACGGGAUCCCACAUACACUGGGCAUCCUUAGGAAUCUGAAGAAACUCAACCUGGGCAUGAACCACAUGGAGACGGUUCCACCUUGCAUUGCAGGACUGAAAGAGCUUUGUGAGCUUGGGCUCUUUAACAAUCUUCUGACUCAGAUACCCCUUUGGCUUCAAAAUUUACCCAACCUUAACAGGCUCAAUGUCAAGUGCAACCCACUACCUUUAGAAAAUCCACCAAAACUGGACCCUAUUCAAAGGGUAGAAUGUCUCUACUUGGUCAGGAAGAACUGCCUCUGUAAUGAAUGCCUCAAGAACUGUACGGAAGAGAGAGACAGGCUGGACAAAAGACUCAGUGGAAGCUCAGUACAGAGAAAAACCAUCAUCGCUGGGUUAAUUAUGACUAACGCCACAGGGCAGGCUGAUGAAGCAGUGCACAGAUAAAGGCAAUGCAUAGAAAGCAUACUAAAUAUAUCAAUGAACAUAAUUAAAUAAUUAUUAUACAAAACAUUUUUGGUCAGAAUGUGAUGAUAAAAUGUAUAGAGUA